AUACUCGAGUGAAAUGAAUACAGAAUUGUAGGCCGGAUUUAGCAUUAUAUUUCUUGUUGGGUGCCGUCAGAAUGAGAAUCCAUAUAGCUAAUAAAAAUAUCACAGUAAUCCACAAGUAAUCCAAACCACUCCAGUCCAUCAGUUGACAUCUUGUGAAGUGAAAAGCUGCUUGUUUGUCCAUUCAAACCCACCCUUAAAACAUCCAAACUGUUGCUUCUGACUAAAAUACAAAUCCAUAAUGCGGCUUUUUUACUUGUUGGUUUUUUAUGGUGUUUUUAAUCACCUGAUUGAACUCUCAUUCUGACGGCACCCAUUCAAUGCAGAGCAUCCAUUAGUGAGCAAGUGAUGUAACGCUACAUUUUUCCAAAUCUUUUCCCAUAAAGAAACAAACUCAUUACCAUCUUGGAUGGUCUUAGGGUGAGUUCAUUUUCAGUAAAUUCGAAAAUCAUUUUUCGGUGAAAUAUCCCUUUGACAUUUAACUCUUUCUUUAUGCUCCUUGUCUGUCCUGACUCACAAACACAAAAUGUCUACUUCAGUGUUUCUGUACUCCACCUAACUGACUGACCAUGUUCAAGAAAGAUUAUUAUUGAGAUGUCUUACAUACCUAUGGUAGAAGAAGUUUUUAUUUCACACAAAAGUUUUUGGAAGGAUUUCACAUAAACUAAGCUGACUUACUCUAAUACGUGACAACACCUUUUUUUCUCUCAUUUUAGCCCUCUCUCUCUGUAUUUUUCCCAUCAGUCCCUCCCAAUUUACUUUUUUUUCUGUUAUCCUCUCAUAUCUCGCAUUUCCUCAAGGAAUUAAGUAGGAGAGAAUGGCCCCCCUGGGCUCUUCUGAUUGGCCACAGGUGUUCCUGCUCUAUAGCUCAAAAGGAUCCAAAACAUCUUUUGUGUCUGACUCCCAAGUAAACCACUUGUUGUAAUAUCUUAGGUAUUGUCAAAAAUGGGAGUGCUGGAGACACUAGGUGUUGUAGUUUUAGUGACUCUAACACAGAUAUGGACCACUCAGGCACAAGAAUGCACCAUCAUUGCUAUAAGCUCUCCUACGGCUUCAUCACUGCUGGUUCAAUGGAACAGACUCCAGGGAAUAACUAAUUAUUUUUUGGACCUUCGGGUUGUGAACGACUCAAACAGCAGUCCAGUUGUAGCAUCGGUGCCCGGGAGUAUGUCAAUGAGAGAGGUCUUUGGUUUGAAGCCGGGGACAUGGUAUAAAGUCAUUCUUAAAGGGUUUCUGAAUUUUACUCCUUCGUGUACGGUUUCAAGAUUAGCAUUAACAGCACCAGAAACAUCCCAGAUAAUCUAUUCAAAAGCACUAUCAAGUACAGCCAUCUUGCUAGAAUGGGACUGGGUGCAAACAGCACAACAAUACUUUUUGCUAAUAAAUUCAACAUUGACUGGGGAGCGUUACAACAUGUCUCUUACAAACAAUAACACAGUGGUUGAAAAUCUACGACCGGCAACUACAUAUGACUGUUAUGUGGUCACAUCUAAUGCUGGAGGUCUAGGAGCAAGAAGCAGAAUACGCACCAUCACUACAUUGAUACAGCCUCCAGUGGUAAUUACAGUACUACAAAUCAGGCCCCAGUCUGCCCAAAUCAGUUGGCAACCUGUGGACAAGGUUCUAGUCUACCAAAUUACAGUCAAGAACUGGAAUUCCCUAAACACUACAAUAUAUUCAAAUACUGUGUUUGGCACCACAUUGGAUGUGCAGAAUAUUUCACCCUGUUCUUCAUACCAAAUCUCAGUGUCUUCACUUAAUGCUCUCUUGGAAGCUGGAGAACCCAGGCAGGUCAACUAUACCACAAGCACUCUGGGUCCAGUGACAUCGGUCUCAGUGAGCUACACCUGUGCUAGUGGAUCUGCUGUGGUAUCCUGGACAACUGUGCUUGGAGCCACUACCUACCGUGCCACUGCCGUAAGUCACAGCGGUACAGUCCUGUCCUGCUCCUCGAGCUCUACAGAAUGUGAAAUCAGAAAUCUAGCAUGUGGGGAGAACUACAUGGUACACGUCACCGCCCUGUCAGGCAACUGUGAGAGCACUGGCAAUGCCACCACAUCCUUCCAAACAGUUCCCUGCGCCCCAUCCGAUCUGAUGCUGUACCGGGAGUGCAGCAGCAAUGUCAUUGUCUUUUCCUGGGCUCCAAACAAUUACUCCGCUUAUUACUAUGCGAGGGGCGUGGACUCCACUGGCAAGGUGAUGGAAUGUAUGACCACGGAAACAUCCUGCUUUUUUACUGACACCAAUUGUGGACGCCUUUACAACUUCACCGUCUCUGGUUCUUCAUCGUCGGGCAGAGAGCAGUGUAGCACUGCAACCAGUUCAAUGAGGCAAAUCCGAACUGCACCCUGCCGAGCAAGGAACAUGCGCACAUCAGUGGACUGUCAGACUGGACUUUUGACCAGCAGCUGGGAAGGUGCAGAUGGAGCACUGCGGUACACCGUGGAUGCUUUUGGUAACCGUGGAAAUCAGAGCCACUAUAUGUGUAGCUCACUAAUCCAGAGCUGCACAAUCUCCGACAUAAACUGUGGAGAAAGCCUUACCAUGUUAAUCAGUGCUAUGGACAAUGAGUGCUCCAGCGUUCUGUCUCUGGGAGAAGUAGGUCAGACUGUCCCCUGCGUACCUCAAAAUGUGUCUGCAUUGAUGGACUGUGGCUCAGAUUCCAUCACUCUGACUUGGGAGGCUUCAUUAGGUGCUUUUCUCUACUUUGCCACGGCAGUGGAUCAGCUCGGGACUGCUCACACUUGUACCUCAUCAGAUACGAAGUGCAAGUUCAGCGGGCUCCGCUGUGGGUCCAUAUACAAUGCCUCCUUAAUUGCAUCCAACAGCCACUGCAACAGCUCUGUCAGUGACUCCAUCAGUGUAGAAACAGCUCCCUGUCCCCCUGGGAGUGUAGAAGCUCUUCUGGACUGUCAAGAGAACCAGGCGCUAGUGAGCUGGCUGGGAACUCGGAGUAUAAAAUCCUUCACUGCCACCAUGGAGGACCAGUAUGGUGGUCUUCUUAGUUGUAGCACCACUGCCAACAGCUGCCGGAUCCCCAACCUCAAGUGUGGCCAGGUUUAUGACAUUAGCGUCAUUUACCAUGAUGGAAUCUGUCCCAGCAUGCCUUCCCAUGCCAUACAAAUGAAGUCUGUGCCAUGUGGUCCAACAAAUGUUCGGGCUGAGGUGCAGUGCCCCUCAGGUGUUCUCUCACUCAACUGGGACAGAACAGAAGAUGCUGAGGGUUAUAUCUCCACUAUAGUCUCCAAGACCUCUGGAGAGCUGGUUUACUGCAACUCUACUCUGCCUUCCUGUAAUGUGAGCAAUCUGCAGUGUGGUGAUUCAUACUCUGUACAGGUCAGGUCAUACAACAGCUCCUGUCUGAGCAUGCUGAGUUCACCUCUAGUGAUAAGAGAGGUGCCAUGUGUGCCUACUAAUGUGACAGCCAGACGGACCUGUGGCAGCAGUACAGUGGAGGUAUCGUGGAGUGCAAGCCGUGGUGCUCAGUCCUAUGUUGCUGUUGCUGUGAGUGAUGACAGGCAUCGUACAAAGUGCUCCUCCAACACAACAACAUGUAGCAUCCUUGACCUGCACUGUAGCAGUGUGUACUCCAUCAGGGUGGUUGCUGCAGAUGGCAACUGCUCCAGCUGGGAGAGUCAGAAUUUUACACUGCGCACAGUUCCCUGCCCACCAACUAACGUCCAGAGCACUAUGAACUGUAGUACCAACUCCGCCACUCUGUCCUGGACUGCCAGUCCUAACGCAGUGUCCUACAGAGGCAGGGCUUCAGGCAGAGACGGCCACAAUGUGACGUGUGAUGUCAGGACUCCAGGGUGCCAGUUAAACGGCCUGCACUGUGGACAGGAGUAUGUGUUUGUCGUAACUGCUUCUGACGGAAGCUGUGAAAGUCCAGACAGUGUCGAGAACAGACAUGAGACAGCACCGUGUGCGCCUCAGAGUGUGUCCAGAUUCAUGGACUGUGCCUCUAACAGCCUGAACGUAAGCUGGGCUCUCGGUCUCACAGCUCUAAACUACACCGUCCUCGCCAGGACUACAGGUGGCGCUGUGCUCAGCUGUACCACAACGAGCUCCGGUUGUAUCAUCACUGAUCUGCAGUGCAGUAAGAACUACACUGCUGUGGUCACAGCAAACAACGGAGAGUGUCAAGGGCCAGAGAGCGUGACCAGUCCUGUCCAAACAGUGCCGUGUAUCCCAACGUCAGUCCAUGCCAAUGUGGAGUGUUUGAGUAACACAGUGAGCGCAUCAUGGGGUCCGGUAGCUGGAGCUGUGUCCUACACUGGUGUUCUGACUGGCCCGGGCCAAUACAAUGAAUUCUGCCUGACCUCUGGCCUCGCCUGCUCCUUUAAGGGUCUGACCUGUGCGCAAACCUACACGCUAAAUGUCAUCUCUCACGACAGCCGUUGCAACAGCCCAGUCAGCCCAAACGUCUCUGUCACAACAGCUCCCUGUGACCCUGAGAGUGUGACUGCAGUGCUCAAGUGUGACUCUCGUACGGUAAAUGUGUCGUGGCAUGCUGCCGCUGGUGCCAGCACAUACACAGUCCUGGCACACACACAGGAUCAGAGCAUUCCUCCCUCUUCCUGUAAGACCUCAGCCACUUCCUGUGACCUCACGCAAAUCCACUGCGGGGAGUUUUUUAAUGUCACAGUGCUUGCUGAUGACGGAACCUGCAACAGCUCAGCACGGGCCAGCACUACACUGGAGUCGGCACCAUGUCCUCCGACAAUGAGGUCUCCUUCACUGAACUGCAGCACUAAUGCAGCCCUGGUGUCCUGGGUGAAGGACCCAGAUGCUGUGAGUGUCCGUGUCAAUGCCGCCUCUGUCCUGGGACACACUGUCACCUGCAGCUCUUCUGCAAACAACUGUUCCCUGGAUGCCUUGCAAUGUGGUCAGACGUAUACUGUGUAUGCUGUGGCCCAGGGCCCUCAGUGUGAGAGUGCACCUAGUGCUCCAUUCAAUAUAACCACAGCCCCCUGCACCCCUGCUGAAGUGAGCGCUAACUACGGCUGCGGCACCAGCACAGAGCUGAGCUGGACUGACAGUCUGGGCCGAGAGAGCUUCUAUGUGCUUGCACAGACAAACGGUCACUCGGGCUCCUGCAGCACAGUCCAGACCCACUGUUCCAUCAAUUCACUGAGAUGUGGAAGUCUUUAUAAUGUCUCUGUGGAAUCAAUCUCUGGACACUGCAACAGCAGCCAAGCAGCUCACACGCAGCUGCAGACAGCCCCUUGUGCCCCAAAGAAUGUGACUGUAAGACUACAGUGUUUGAACAACACCGCUGUUGUGUCCUGGGAGGGAAGUCCUGGUGCUGUGGGCUAUAACGUCACUGCUGUGGGCCAUGAUGGGGAUAUCAAGUACAGAACCGUCACUGGCACCAGUUGUCAACUACCCAGCAUGCACUGUGGUCAGACCUAUGAUGUUGUAAUCACACCCUUCUCUCAGACGUGCACUGGCUUCCCAACCGCUCCCUACACUUUCAAUGCAGGUUCUUGUCCUGCCAGUGAUGUUCAAGUUUCUCUACAAUGCAAUGGUAAUGUGGGACUUGUCCACUGGACUGCCGCUAAGAAUGCUGAAAGUUACAUUGCCAUGGCAACAGGUAGGGAUGGCCACACCCACACUUGCACCUCCAGUGGCACCAACUGCACCUUCAGUGAUCUGCACUGUGGUGAGGACUACACUGUUACAGUGGCCACGGUGGAACGUGGCUGCCAAAGUCGACCCAGCACACCUGUCAAUCUAAAAUCAGCUAUCUGCCCACCCUCGAAUCUGGCUGGUUACACCAACUGUGCUACGGAUGACAUCAGCAUUACAUGGGACCCCACCCCAGAGUCCGGAGUCACUUACUUCCUGUUCGUCCAUCAGGUGUAUGGGCUGAACUCCACCUUCAGCACAAUGCAAACAUCAUACAUUAUGACAGGGUUGCACUGUGGAAUGAGUUUCAUCGUACAAGCAGCUGCUCAGGACAGCACCUGCACCAGUCCAUACGGAAGCCCAACACAGAUCUACACAGCUCCCUGUCCACCCAGCAGCCUGACAGCUGCUGCUAGCUGUGGCACAAACAGGGUCACCAUCAGCUGGCUGAAUGGCACAGGGGCGCACUCCUAUACUGCCAAUGUUGUGGGAAACAAUGGACAAACUGUCUCCUGCACAUCCAACACCACCUCCUGUUCUGUGAAGGUUGAGUGUGGACUCACAUAUACAGCCACUGUGGUUUCCACAGUUGGCCUCUGCAACAGCACCACUAACAACAGCAUCCAUUUUGACUCGGCCGAUUGCCUGCCUAGUAAUGUGAUGGCGCAGUUAGACUGCAAUUCUGACAUGCUAGCUGUACAGUGGGACGCCAGUGCAAACAACCCUGACUCCUACACAGCCCUGGCUAUCGGUACGGAUGGCACUCAACUCUCCUGCAGCACAAGCUCUACUUCCUGUACCAUUCAGAACUUAAGAUGUGGCCAGACUUAUAGCAUUGCUGUGAUCACAUCCAACAUUAACUGCGGAGUCAUUGAGGGUUCAGACUACCAAAUCGAGACAGCCCCCUGUCAACCACAGAGCCCAACUGUUCAACUGGAGUGCAGCACUAACAUUGCUACGGUAAUAUGGGACAAUAAUGGAGCAGAUCAGUUUGACGUGGUGACUGCGCUCAACUUUACCGGUGGUGCGAUGGUGUGUAAUAGCACAAAUAGGUCUUGCACAUUUGCACAGCUAGACUGUGGUGAGUCGUACUUACUCAGUGUGGUUGGAUUCAAUGGAAACUGCACCAGUGAACCCAGUGAGAGCUUCAAUCUCAAUACAGCUCCCUGUAUGCCAACUUUUGUUGUGGCGACCACAAACUGCGACUCCAUCACCACUGUAUCCUGGGAUUCUGCCCGUGGUGCCAGCAGUUACACUGUUCAUGCCGUGAGCACCUCAGGGCACAACAGCACAUGUACCAACACAGAUACCACCUGCUCUUUCCCAGACCUGGACUGUGGACAAAACUACACUAUAACAGUCACAGCUGAAGAUGACAACUGUGUGAGCCUGACCAGUGCACCUAUCACUGUCACAACAGUUCCAUGUCCACACUCUGAUCUACAAGCAACACUGGACUGCAGCACUGACUCUGCUCUGAUCUCAUGGACACCCGGUAGGGGCAAUUUGAUUUAUAACGCUUCUGCAGAGGGCUUUGAUGUUAAUCACCAAGUCAGCUGCAGUACACCCGGCUCCACCUGCAAUGUCACCAACCUGCACUGUGGCAGCCGUUACCAAGUCACAGUGAGCGGAGAAGGGCUCACCUGCUCUGACACAUCAGAUGAAUGGAUUGCCCUUGAGACAGCACCAUGUCCACCUACUCAGGUGUCCAUCCAGUCAUCCUGUGACUCAGACACUGUGUCCGUUUCCUGGCAAACCUCUCAGGGAUCUGUGUCCUACAUGGCUGUUGCCGAGAGCAGUGGAGGUCACAGGGCAACUUGCAACACCAGCAGCCUCGCCUGUGAUAUUACACACCUGCAGUGUGGACAGACUUAUCAAAUUUAUGUUUCUGGUGUGGAUGGCGAUUGUAUUGGAUCCAGAAGUGAAGUUCGCCUUCUUGAAACAGGGCAUGGGAAUGUUCCCACAAUAACAGACCGACAGGUCAAGCCCAUCACUUGUGUGCCUCAGAACGUGCAAACUAUCCUGGAGUGUCAAGCCACUGUUCUCGACAUUACCUGGCAGCAGACAGGUCAAGCCCAUCACUACCACUCCACAGUGCGGAGCAGCGAUGGUCAAGUGCUGGGGUGUGACUCUAAUACAACCAUCUGCCAAGUUCCCAACAUCCUCUGCGGACUGACUUAUAGCGUGACGGUGGUCGCUUAUAGUCAAACCUGCAACAGUUCCCAAAGCUCUGUGCAACAUGUCACCUCAGCCCCUUGCCCACCAGAUGUUAUCUUUGCUGUCUUGGACUGUGAUUUAAACACUGUGUCAGUGUCCUGGGACUCUAGCGUAGAUGGUGUCCUCUACAUCGCACAAGCCUUUUACUCCAAUAACAACAACGAUUACUACAUGUGUAAUACCACAGAAACCAGUUGUGAUAUCACUGUGACCUGUGGCAUGGAUUAUAAUGUGUCUGUAGUGCCAUUAAGGGAUGGCUGCACUGGGGAGAACUCACCGGUCCAGAAUGUUACGGCAGCUCCUUGCGUUCCCCUCAUGUUGGAUGUUGAAAUGGAUUGCCUGUCUGAUUCGGCUUGGCUGACAUGGGAAGAGUCAGCAGGGGCCGAGCUCUACAUCGCCACAGCAACUGACAGUGAUGGAUUCGAGUACCAGUGUAACUCAACUGAGGGCCAGUGCACAGUUGAACAGCUACAAUGUGGAAGAUUCUACAACUUUAUUGUGUUUGCAUCUAACAGUCAAUGUGACAGCCCCAUGAGCAGCACGUUGCAGACCGAGACAGCCCCUUGUCCACCUCAGAAUGUGACCACGUCUGUGGGGUGUGACACUGGUACGUUGAGUGUGUUGUGGGACGAGAGUGUUGGCGCGUUAAGCUACACUGCCACAUUGGAGCGUACAAAUGGAGAGACCACCUGGUGCACGGCAAGCUCCACUUCCUGUGAGGUCACUUCCCUUCCCUGCAGCCAGAUGUAUGUCCUGACAGUCACUGCUGAGGGAAGGACAUGCAACAGCUCUCAGAGCCUUAAGGUCAUCAUACGGUCAGUUCCCUGUAUUCCGGAGAGUCUGGUGUCCAGUACUAGCUGCAGUGAUAAUGUAGUCACCAUGUCAUGGGUGAGCAAUGAAGCUGUGAGCAGUGAGCUUUAUACAGUCCAGGCCUUCAGUGCUGAUGGGUUAUUCUCAGACAGCUGCUCAGGGUUUGGUCAGUCAUGUGAUCUCACAUCACUGAUGUGUGGUGUGCCUUACACUGCCACAGUAAUAGCACAGGACAGUGUCUGCACCAGUGCACCAAGUCAAGCUGCUUCAAUCAGGACAGUGCCCUGUGUCCCGGAUCAUGUGACUGCUAAUGUGAGCUGCCAAGGGAACGACCUGUCUGUGUUCUGGGAGGAGAGUGCAGGAGCAGACUUUUACACGGCUGUGCUUGAGGACAGUAAUGGCCAGUUCACAAGCUGUCAGAGCAUGAACCCCACCACUUGUACAGUUAACAGACUUGUCUGUGGACAGACCUACCGUGUCAGUGUGACAGCAUCAGACGGAUACUGUGACAGCUUGCCCAGUGCCAUCACUGAUGUUCAUUCAGCUCCUUGUAUGCCUCAUAACAUUCGGGCACUAAUUGAUUGUCAAUCAAGUAUGGCUGUAUUGUCAUGGCAGCCAGGCACUGGGGCAAUGCAAUACACAGCCACAGCAAAAAGUGAAUCUGGCCACGUGCUCAGCUGUGGAAAGAACAAAACUAACUGUGAGCUGACAGGACUGGCCUGUGGAGAGAGCUACAACAUUACUGUGUUAGCAGAAGGACAGACCUGCAACAGCACUGCAACCAUGAGUGGACAUCUGAAUACAGGUCCUUGUGCACCUCAGAAUGUUGAAGUUCAGUACAGCCUGUCUAUUGGCCAGCUGUCAUGGGACAGAAGUGUAGGUGCUUCUAUGUACACAGCACAGGCUGCCACUGAUCUGGGAUCAGUGUUGUCCUGCUCCACCAGUGACACCUCCUGUGCCCUCUAUAAUGUGUCCUGCAGUCAGACAUAUGACAUCUCAGUUACAGCACACAACAAUGUCUGCCGAGGAACUGCUGUGUCUGCGUCAACUACUCUAAACACAGAACCCUGCCCGCCCCAGAACGUGCAAACCCAUCUGAAUUGUGCAAGUGAUGUAGGGACCGUGUCUUGGGAGGAGAGUUUGGGGGCAGUGUCAUACGUGGCUUUCCUGGAGGGUCGCAAUGGACACAGCCUGUCCUGCUCCACAACUAGCUCCAGCUGCAGUGUGACGGGGUUGAUCUGUGGAGCGGUUUACAACACUCAAGUACGCGCCAUUGGAGAAAUUUACAACAGUACAGACAGCGAGACAAUUCUUUUCACAUCAGCCCCCUGUAAGCCAGUUUACGAUUCAGUGACUGUUGACGUGAACUGUGAGAAUGCCACUGCAUUGUUCAGCUGGGCUUGGAGCGGUGGAGCAGCAUCCUAUGAACUCACGGCUAUCAGUAACAAUGGCUACAUUUCCUCCUGUAUCUCUCAAGAGAAUUUCUGUAAUAUCAGCGAACUGGCCUGCGGACAGACUUAUACGGUCAGGCUCACAGCAAUCAAUGAUGAAUGUCAAAUUACCCAGGAAACAGGAGUGACCUUCCAAACACGCCCCUGUGCUCCCUUGUAUGUGAACGUGGACCUUCAGUGCAAGCCAAGCACAGCCAUAGUAACUUGGGAACAAAUGGACGAUGUGCUAUACUACCUUGUUAGCGCCACCCUCAGCACAGGAGAAUCAGAUACAAUCUGUAACUCUACAACUGACAGCUGUGAAAAGAGUGGGUUGCAGUGUGGAGUGGAGUAUGCCUUCACCGUCACUGCCUACAGUAGCCACUGCCAUAGUGACUUCAGCAGCACUGUACACAUUACAACAGAACCUUGUCAGCCAACUCAACCGACAGUUUCAGGAUCAUGUGAUAACAACACGGUUGUCUUAAACUGGAGUCACAGCAAAGGUGCACUAAGUUAUAAAGUGCACAUAACAAGCAACCUAGGAUACGACGACUCCUUCCAGACAUCUGAAUCUACACUAACAGUGGAGCUUCUUUGUGGACAGACCUACACCUUCACAACACUGGGGGAAAAUGGUGUCUGUGACGGCAUACCAAGCACACCCGCACAUUUUACCACUGCCCCAUGUGUGCCAUACCACAUUGAGACCUAUGCAGAGUGUGAAAAUAACCUUGGAGCUGUCAGCUGGGCAAGCAGUGAUGGCACAGAUAUUUACACUGCCAUUGCCAUAGGACAGGAUAACCACACGCAUGUCUGCAUAACAAAUACAACUUACUGUAUCUGGGAGGAACUGCACUGUGGAGAAAUUUACUUUGUCCAAGUCAUUGCCAAUGCCCAAAUCUGUAGCAGUGGGCCCAGUGAUGGCACAGUCAUCCACAUGGCGCCAUGUAUCCCUCAAAACCUGGUAUCCUCUUUCGACUGUGACAUGAGAGUGGGUUCCCUCAUUUGGGAAGCAAGUGAAAAUGCUGAGAUGUACCUGGUGUCUGCAGAAUCUACCAGCGGUCACCGGGUGGAACUCUCAACCAAUACCACAAGUGCACAAUUCUCUGAGUUCGAGUGUGGUCAGUCGUACUAUCUGACUGUGCAAGUUGUGGGAAAUGUAUGUCGGAGCCAACCCAGUAAUGCUUCAGUACUGCAGACAGAGCCCUGUACUCCCACAUCUGUCUUUGGCUUUACGGACUGCAUCUCCAACAUCGCUACUGUAUCUUGGGAGCCAGCUGAAGGUGCAGAAUACUACACAGCGACAGUGCAGGGCCCAAAUGGGCCUUUGGGAACAUGCAUGUCCUGGUUAUCGAGCUGUGGCAUGCCCAAACUGUCCUGUGGUGAAACAUACAAUGUUAGCGUGAUUGCCUCCAGUCGCCAAUGUAACUCCACACCCAGUGCGCUGAGUGCUCUUAACUCAGUGCCCUGUGUUCCUACAGGUGUGUCUGUGGUGCUGGACUGUGCCACUGCUGAGGCACAUGUGUCUUGGAAUGCAAGCAUGGGGGCGUUGAACUAUGUUGCUUACGCCUGGAGCAGAACAUUCAAUUUCAUGUCCUGUGAGAGCUCUGGGCCUGUUACACAUUGUACUCUUAAUGAUCUCAUCUGUGGAGAUAAUUACACUGUUCAAGUGAUUGCUGUUGGGGAUGAAUGCUCCAGUUUGCCCAGUCAGGCAGAACACUUCCGCACAGUUCCCUGUGCCCCGGAGGUUACUGCUACACUUGACUGCUACACUGACUCUGUGCUGCUGCAGUGGACUCCCACUGAUGGGUCUAUUUCCUACACUGCUAAUGCCGAGACACCAAAGGGGCUUGUCUCCACCUGCUCCAGCAACUCCACUAACUGUGAACUGAGGGGACUAGCCUGUGGACAAACAUACAAUGUUACUAUGAUAUCAUAUGAUGGACAUUGUCACAGCAUGCCUGGCACAGCCCUGGCAGUGGCAUCGGUGCCCUGUCCACCUGAGAAAGUGGAGUCGAAUUUGCUCUGUUCUACAAACUCUGCCCAUGUGCAAUGGAAUCUUGGGGCAGGGGCAGAAUCAUAUGAGGUGCAUGCCAUUAGCACAGGCGGCCAGAUGACAAGAUGUGACAGCACAAAUACUUCCUGUGUCAUGCCUAACCUUGGAUGCGGUUCUAUUUACAACAUCAGUGUGCUUGCCAUUGGCCACCAGUGUAAUGUGUCAAGGAGUGAGAUCACAACACUGCAUUCAGUGCCAUGUGUUCCCAACCACAUUCAGGCAAACCUGAGCUGUGGAUCUGGUGUGGUUGAUGUGUCCUGGCAGCCUAGCAAAGGAGCUCUCUCUUAUACUGCUGUUGCCCAGGGCAGUGGGGGCUUCGCAUCUUCAUGCAACAGCAGUAGUACUACAUGUGAGUUUAGUGAUCUACUGUGUGGACUCACGUACAGCAUCAGCGUGACUGCCUCCGACCGCGUGUGUACAAGCGCACCGAGUCAUAGUGUACAGCUGGACACAGUUCCGUGUGAGCCACAUGGAAUCGUUGCUCAAAUGGAGUGUAGCAGCCACACAGGUGUAGUGUCCUGGGAACAAGGAGAGCGUGUUGCCUCCUACCUGGUCCAAGCAUCCAGUCCAGAUGGGCACCAAGUAUAUUGUAGCAGCCCCACCACCAGCUGCAGAUUAGCCAGCUUGCACUGUGGCCAAGCUUACAACCUCACACUCACCGCCCAGGACAGCCACUGUAACAGUCAAAACGCCUUUUCUCAGUUACACUCAGUUCCGUGUGCACCUACCAGCGUGCAGGCUUCUCUUGUUUGCCUGUCUAACUCUGCGGCUGUGACGUGGCAAAGUGCCAGUGGGGCGUUGUCCUACCAGGCUGAGGGUAUCACUGUAGACGGCACCCAUAUGGUCUACUGCAAUAGCAGUGUGCCACACUGUAACCUAGAGCAUCUGCUCUGCGGGGAGACUUAUAAUGUGUCUGUGCUGUCUAUGGACCACACAUGCAGCAGCGAAGAAAGUUUGUUCACAAAAGUUCAUACUGCGCCCUGUCCUCCUCACACCGUUGAUGUCGAGGUGAACUGCUCUGCUGGCUCCAUGACUGUCACAUGGCCAGCCAAUCCAGAUGCAGAAUCUUUCCAUGUGAGGGCAGAGACCAGUGGAGGAGCUUUCCUGUCAUGUGAUUCCACCAGCACCAGCUGUUCAAUCAGUGGCUUGUCAUGUGGACAGUCAUAUUCUGUCACUGUAACAUCUGUCAGAGGAGGCUGUGAGAGCCGGCGCAGCACAGCUGUUAAUGUCACCUCAGCUCCUUGUGUUCCUCAAGGAGAGACAGGAAACCUGGACUGUGUUACCAACUCAGCUUGGGUGAAUUGGCUACAAGCAAAGGGGGCGGAGUCUUACACUGUACUGGCAGUGGAAAGGGGCGGAACCAACUCCAGCUGCUCGGCUACAGAUCUGCACUGCAAUGUUCCCGACCUGCUGUGUGGAGCCACGUACACCUUCCACGUUACUGCUGUGAACUCAUUCUGCAGAAGCACACCCGGCAACGCCUUCCAGAUUCAGACAGCUCCAUGUGCCCUCACCUCCAUCACGGCACACACGGACUGUUACAGCAGCCAUAUCACGGUUAGCUGGCAGAUGAAUGAGGGAACUUCCUUCUAUGUGGCCACAGCUGAAGGUCAUGACCAAAGCAUUUUGAUGUGCAACAGCACUGGCACGUCCUGUGACCUCUCCAGAGCGAAGUGUGGAAUGCAGUACACCAUUAUAAUUUCUGCGUCCUCCGACAAAUGCAGCAGCUUGCGGAGUCCCCCUCUUAAGAUGCACACAGCACCUUGUGCUCCUCAGAAUAUAACAGUGAACCCAGUGUGUGACUCAAACGGCAUGACGGCAGCAUGGUCACCUUCUCUGGUUGCCGAGUCAUACUCACUCACCGCCAGCAGUAUAGAUGGAGAUGUCCGCACCUGCAGAAGCACCGCAAACAACUGCACCCUGCUUCACCUGCACUGCGGGCAGAUUUAUGAUGUUAGCAUAACCGCUUCAGCUGGAAACUGCACCAGCAUGGCCAGUCAGCAGGUCACCUUCUAUAGUGUGCCCUGUGAGCCACAGAACAUGACUGUGGAAGUGCAGUGUGACACCAGGACUGCCACACUCUCUUGGGUGGAGGGCCAAGGUUCGCUGCAGUACUUCACAAUGGCUCAAACUAUAGAUGGGCACAUGCUUCACUGCGACACCACGAGCACGUCCUGUAGCAUUCACGGACUGACUUGUGGGAUGCUGUACAAUUUCAGUGCGCUGGCUUCGGAUGGAACCUGCAACAGCUCCCUCACGGUGCCAAUCCAGAGAGGAGCAGUCCCAUGUCCUCCUGCCACCGUGAGGGUGAGGACCCAUCUGAUGGCUGAUGCCACUCUAAUCAGGGUCUACUGGAAUUUUGUGUACUGUCCUGACGUCACGUACCUGGUACGGGUGACCGGUGAUAUCCAGGACAACCCAGAGUCCCUUAUGGAGGUGUCAUCCUACUGGACAGACAUCAGCUACUUUGAGUUUCCUGUUUCCUGUAGCUCCUCUUACAGUGUGACUGUGCUUGCACAAAACUCAGCUGGGAUCAGCAGACCAUCUCAGGCUGUUACUGGUGUCACAGUGCCCUGUCCACCGAUGAAUGUCACCUUCAGGGGGGACAGUUCCUCUGCCACAGUGGCCUGGAGGUCCUCAGCUCUUACCACAGGAUACAGGGUUUACCAGCUGAGCUCUGACGGCAGGGUGCCUGUCUGUCUCACCUCAAACCUCAGCUGUGAGGUCUCUGGCCUGCAGGCCUCUAAUGUUGCUGUGUCAGCCUGGAACACUGCAGGAGAGAGUCUUGCAUCUAGAGUAGCUACUGGUCAAACCUUAAACCGUCGGAAGAGAAAUCUGGAAUAUGCAAGGAUUUAUGCAUCACUGACCCCUGAAGAGCUGGCCGUCCCUGAGGUGAAGGUUGCAGUGACAGGACAGUCACUACAGGUGGAGUGGUCUCGGGUGACGGGGGCGGAGUCCUACACUCUGAUUGUAUACGAGGACAGCGAAGAACAGCCGAAGGAGGUUGUGUCCGUGUACAGGACUGAGAUUGCUACAGUUACUGAGCUAGAACCUGCAACACUUUACUGCAUCAUCGUGUCUGCCAAAAACACCAACAUCCAGAGCGCUUAUCCCCAGCCUGUGUGUGUCACUACUGAUGCCUCCGAGUAAACGGCCUUCCUGCAGGGUGGACUGUACAGGACUGUAGAUACAAAACGAACCAAAGUGGUGUUGAGUUCUCUGAACUAGCACCUUCUCUUUCUUAUAUUCCAUGAUUACUACUAAAAAGACAACAAAAUCAGCCUAUUUGUCAUAGCAGAAAAUCUAACUAAUAUAGUUAAGAAUUCUUGACUGAUUAUGUCCCCUUAACUAAUCCUUUUCCAAUGAACCCAAUCAUAAUAAAACAAAGUACUGAAUUCCUAUGAUGUUAUAUUUAAUAUAUAAUCAUUUCUGUUGAUUGAAAAACAUCGGCAAGUUCACUUAAAAUGAAGAAUAGAUGUGUAGAGAAUAUAGAUUGAUUGACCAUAGAAACAUGUAAUACUGUAACACGUAGUUUUUAAAGAAAGUUGUGUAUGUAUCUUAAAAAGUCAUUUUCUGUAACCAGGUCAUAAAAUGAUUUAAUCAAGAAUGUUUGUGUAGCUAGAUCAAAUAAAUGGUUAAUUUAUCCAGCACUAUUUUUAAACCAUACAUUGUAUUUUCUGAUGUAUACGUGGCGCUGUUAACGAACUGAAAUAGUACUUUUAUCAUAAAGCAAUAUGAAAGGUUUAAAGUCAGUGAAUGAAAACUUCACAUGCAAUACUGGUACUAAGUACUAAUAAUUUGAAUCUUCAUCUUUUCUUAUAAGCACCUAAGUAUAAUGCAACAUGCUUUUCUUCUAAAAAAUAAUGUUGCAUGAUUUUUCCUCAACAAUCUGAAAUCAAGAAUUUUCCCCCAGCCAUAAAGCCCUAGAAGUGCAUGAGAUUGUGAUACUAUUGAAAUUAAAUGCAUUUUUAUUUAAUGAAUAAUUUUAAGUUAGGAUGAUUGAUGAAAAAAAUAUUAAAUCACCGGUUUUAAUUAUCUGUAAAAUAAAAAUGUUGAAGAUGUUAACAUUACCUAACAUUACUAUCUCAGUGUCCAUUUCAAGUAGAUCAUUUGAAGUGUAGAGUUUCUUAACUAGUUGGUCACAACCAAUGUGUUGCAGCUUUUCUCCCGCAAAAAUAUCCAGACAACCAGAAGGACGACAUAGUAUUGCUACAACUAAACUGGGACGAUUUUGACAGUCACAGUGUGGAGCAAUGCUUUGC